CACCACCACCACCUCCUCCUCCUCUAGAAGAGUGGUUGGUGAUCUUCAAUCAUAUUGUGUGGCAUGAGACCAAUGCCCUGCCCUGCCCUGCACUGCUCUGGGCAUGUGAACUCUAUAAAAGUUACAGGGUUAUGGGGGGAGGGAUUAGUUGUAGUAAUGUAUGUAUAGGUGGCAAAACAAAAGAUGUCUCUGCCUCUGGCUUGAAUGACAUGAGGUGAGCAGGUAGGUAUAGGGGUGGUUAGGAGUGUAUGCUCUGCCUCUGUGUGUCUGUGUGUGUGGUGCAAUGGGAGUCUGUUCUGUUUUGUCUGACUGACUGUCUGCUUUGCUGUGGCUGUGGCUGUUUGAGAUGCAUUUUGUGUAGGCAAUUUUCUUUUUUACAAAGUGUGACAUGCAAUGGACAAGUUAUAAUAACUGUGGAGACAGAGAGCAGGAGGAGGAUGCAGAGAUUGACGGGCAUAGAGAGAGAGAGAGGAGGAGGAAGAAGAAGAGGCAAACACAAGAGGGGAAGAGGAGGCCAUGGGCCUGGUGGUGGUGAGGGGAGGGGUUGCCUGGAGAGCACCACUUCUGCUUGUCAACUGUGUCUUGUAUGGGGUGGGUGCUUGCCUUGCAGGCUGGGGCUUCAACCAAAACAUCAACAGCCACAAUGCCAUUGGUGAAAACCUUGUUGGUGACUAUGUAACAACAUGGUUUUUACCAGCAGCUCUACUGUCAUGUGUGGUGGGAUUGGCAUCAGUGUUGGCAGGAGUCAGCCAUGCUGCUGCAUUGAGUAGCAACAGCCUUGCUGUUGCCACUACCAUAUCUUUACUAGCAUGGCUUCUUGACCUACUGGCCAUGGGAUUUGCAGCCAAAGAAAUUGAUGUCAGUGGUGGAUUGCGCCCAAGAAGAUUGAAAAUACUGGAAGUGUUUGUAAUAGUGGUGGCCAUCUUGGAGCUGCUGAACUUGUGGAGCCUGCACAACAACACGGCACUUGCGGGAGUAAUCGGGGUUGAAUCAGGGUUAGACCAUCAACACCAGUGGAGCCCCACGAACGUGCUUCUCGCCCGCGCUGGAAUGCUCCACGGCGUUGGCGCGGCGGCGGCAGCGGCGGGUGGAGGCAGCCACGCCAGCACCAACCGCUCCCAUCAUCACCACCACCACCUCCCGGCGGCAGGCGGCGGCGGCGGAGACGGCGGCGGCCAGCAGCUGCUGCAUCUCCAUCCGAAUGGCCACAUUUAUGCCCACGGCCACAGCCCACCACCGUUGUCUCCAUGCUGACAUGGCUCGUGGCUCAUGGUACAUGGCUCCUCGCAUUAUUUUUAUAAUUAGGAGGGGCACCCAAAUCUUAUUACCACUUACUUCUUAUAAUAACAAUGUGGGUUAUAUUUGGAAACACAUGAUAAUCGUUGGUUUUCAUACAUUCAACUGAAAGGUGUUGUUGAAAUUGUUUCAA